CCUGCAGUCAGAGCUGGAGCGGCCCCCCCCGCCCCCUCCCCGGCCCAAGGUGAUGGCCGUCCCCUACGAGUCCCAGUCCAGCCCCACGGCAACCCACGGCUCUUCCCCACGCUCCCUCUGGCCCACCAGCGGCCCCACAGAACGCUCGUACGAGUACAAGCCCUACGGCGGGCAGAUGGGCCGGGCCGGCUCGCCGCGGCUGCCGACGGAGGGCUCGGGGUCUCAGGCCUUCUUCCCAGAGAGGGGGUCAUCGCCACGGCCUCCUGUGCCGCCCCCGUACGAGAGCCACAGCCUGUACCCCUCUGCUGUGCCGAGCAACUUCGCACCCUUCAGAGCUCAAGACGACCUGGUGAUCCGGAGAAAGACGCCGAAGGGGUGGAACGAAUCUGACCUGGACGUGGCUUAUGAGAAAAAGGGUUCCCAUUCCCUCGGCUAUGAGCGGGGAGAGGCUCACCUGGGCCUGCGCCCGAGCGCGCCAGGGCUCCAUUUGGCUCCCUGGAGAGAAUCGAGUCUCGACGGGGGCAUUGGACAAGGCAAGGAGGAGCAUUAUGGGGUGCACAGUGCCACGCUGCCCCGAAACUACAAGGCAUUCCCGCCGGCCCCGGAGAGGCGUCAGGAAAGUUCCUUCCGCCGGUCCCUCACCGCCAACCAGGCCGGGACCCUGCCCCGCAACUGGCAGCCGAUCUCCCGCAUCCCCAUGCCACCCCCCAGCCCCCAGGGCAGCCUCCCCAAACGCCACAAGCCCCUGCCCCUCUCCAUGAUCUUCAAGCUGCAGAACGCCUUCUGGGAGUACGGAGCAUCGGGCACGAAGCUUCCCCCCUUUCAGGGGCCCCCGGGGGCUCCGCUUCUCCUCCGUUCCCUCCAGAAGCAGGUGAUGCAGCAACCCCAGCACCAGGCCAGGAUGGCCCCACCUGGGAGCGAAGGAAAUGGCUUCCCCAGGGCUGCCAACGCAGCAGCCGAGCCUGUCCGGGUGAUCCCCAUCAUCCUUACGCCGAGCGAGCCGGAGCCGGAGCCGGAGCUGGAGAAUCUUCCGUCGGUCACAGAGCCAGCAGAGAUGGAUGAAUUCGCCCGGCCGCUGAGCCCCACUCGGCUGCAGCCCGUCCUGCCUCCUGAGGCCCAGAAAGUGCCCGAGUUUGAGGAGGUGGCUCGUGUCCUGGCAGAGAUGCCCCGUCCCUUGAAGCGGCGUGGCUCCAUGGAGCAGAGCCCCAGCCCGGCUCUGCCGCCCACCCACAAGAAGCAGUACCAGCAGAUCAUCAGCCGCCUCUUCCACCACCAGCCCCACAAAGAGGAGGCGGCCCCCGUGGGAGAAGCCCCUGGUGGGGCACAGACCGAGCUGCCCCCCAUCACAGAGGCCGCGGAGCAGAAGGCCCCGGGGAUGUCCGUGGCAUCCGUGGCACCGGCCCCUGCCCCAGCAGCUGCAGCAGCGUCCCCUCCGGCGCCACCCAUCCCACCUCCUCCCGAGAGCCCGGCUGCUCCCCUCACGCCUUUGCCCAGCCCGGAGAAACGCUCCGUGCUACGCAAACUCUCUUCCCCACGGAAGCGGCUGCUGAAAAGGGCCCGACUCAACCCCUUGGUCCUGCUUCUCGACGCAGCCCUGACUGGAGAACUGGAGGUGGUGAAGGAGGCAGUGGAGGAACUGAACGAUCCUAGCCAGCCCAAUGACGAGGGGAUUACCGCACUCCACAAUGCCAUUUGUGGGGCCAAUUACAACAUUGUGGACUUCCUCAUCAACAUUGGGGCCAACGUCAACUCCCCAGACAGCCAUGGAUGGACGCCGUUGCACUGCGCAGCCUCCUGUAACGAUACGGCCAUCUGUGUGGCUUUGGUCAAGCACGGGGCUGCCAUCUUUGCCACCACCUUCAGCGACGGAAGCAUGGCCAUCGAGAAGUGUGACCCCUACCGCGAGGGCUACAGCGAGUGCUUUAGUUACCUGGCAGAUGUGGAGCAGAACAUGGGCCUGACGAACAACGGCGUUGUGUAUGCCUUGUGGGACUACAGCGCAGAGUUCAGCGAUGAGCUCUCUUUCCGCGAAGGGGAGCCUGUCACCGUGUUGCGCCGGGACAGCCAGGAGGAGACAGACUGGUGGUGGGCCUCGCUCUACGGCCAGGAGGGCUAUGUGCCCAAAAACUAUUUUGGGCUCUUCCCCAGGGUGAGGCCCCAGCAGAACAAGGCAUAGCGUGCGUCCCGGCCAUUCGUGGAGGAACUGAAAGGAUGUGUCCGGACAGGAACCAGGAUGACACCACACCUUCUCCCUGCUGCUCCUGAGCUCCCUGCCUUGCGGGGAGAGCGCUUUGUGCCUCUUGCGCCUGUGGAGGUUGUGACAGUGACUGCAGAGGGGGACUCCCCUGCUUCUGAUUGACUGGACCCUGAGCUCUCACGGGGCCCUGUGGGGGACGGAUGACCUUGAAUUGGGGGCAGGGAGUGGGAACCCACCUAGCUGCUGAACUCCUUCCCCUUUGGCCCUUCUCUCCCCUGCUUCCAUAUCCGACCGCACCACCUGGAGGACGAGUGAUCCCCCCUCUUAUGUGGCCCCUUUCUCAAAGCAAGGGUGUCACUACUCUGGACAUGGAGGGGUUUGCCAAAACCAAUGCAGGGUCCUUGUAGCAGACCCCUCCACCUUUUGGCUUGCACCUACACCCUUCACUGUGACACACUUAGGAGGCACCAUGUGGGACAAAAUGUUUUUUGAUCAGCUGAACAGUUCAAACUCUUUC